GGGGGGGGGAAUGUAGGUCAGGGCGGAUGAUGAAUCGCGCAAGGGCCCUGCCUCUCUUUCACCGGGCCUUCUGGGUGGUGGUGAGCGAGGAAAGGGACAUGCUGGUGCCUGCCUGCGCCUAGCUGGCUGCCUCGCCUCCCCUCCCCCCGGGGUGCAUUCCACGCGGACUACGCGGCCUCCUCCGCCCCGCCCCCGUCUCCUGCCCAGCAAGCGCGGAAGCGGGGAAUUUCCUGGCACCAGAUGCGGAACAGGAAGGCGGAAAUGAAAACAGCAGCAAGCCAAAAUAGAUUGGGGGGAGGGGUGGAAAACGGGAAGGGGGCUGCUUCCCUCUUAAAGGCACAGGAUGCCCGAGAGGCUAGAGGGGCCCCACCACCACGCUGUCGCCGCCCUGAUGGGACGGGUGGCCGUUCGCAGGUUCACGCGGCUCUCCUGCGUCCUCGCCCUGAGCGCGCCAACCCAAUCCUAAAAACAAGCUACUGUUCCAGCUCACCAAGACGAUGCGGUUCUUCCAUCUACCCGUUGGAAGAAUUGCUCAAGGGUAAAGGGAGGAAUUUGGGACAAAAGUCCUAGCCGGCACGCAGCUAUUGUAUGGAGAGAAGCGGGGAACCACUCGAUCUCAUUCGGUCGCUCUGUAGGCACAAUCGUUUGGGUAGUACGAGGAAGUUGCCCGCGAAAAGACACAGCCGCGCGGUAGUUAAGCCCGCGAUAAAUGCGGGUCUCUUAGAAUUAUCACUCCAAUAAGCACGGGGCGGGAAUCCUCCCUGUUCUUUAACAACUGAGAGUACAACAGAAUGACAGUCAGCUCUAGCAGUCUGGGAAAUGCACUGAUAAGGUAAAGGAGCAUCACUUGUGUAGCAUACGUUGCUUGUCUCCAUCAUGGCCUUUCCAGAGCCAAAACCCAAGAAACCUGAGCUGCCAAAGAAACUGCUGGGUACACUGGAAUGCAAGCAGGGAGCUGUCAGAGCAGUGAGGUUUAAUGUUGAUGGGAAUUAUUGUCUCACUUGUGGUAGUGACAAGUCUCUCAAGCUCUGGAACCCACACAAAGGGACUCUCCUCAAAACAUACAGUGGCCAUGGUUAUGAGGUGUUGGAUGCAGCAGGGUCAUUUGAUAACAGCCAGCUUUGUUCAUGUGGCUCAGACAAGACGGUAGUGCUGUGGGAUGUUGCCACAGGGCAGGUGGUUCGCAAGUUCCGUGGUCAUGCAGGAAAGGUAAACUGUGUCCAAUUCAAUGAGGAAGCAACUGUGAUUCUAUCAGGUUCUAUUGACUCCAGUGUCCGCUGCUGGGACUGUCGCUCACGCAGACCAGAUCCCAUCCAAAUCCUGGAUGAGGCCAAGGAUGGCGUCUCAAGUCUGAAGGUGUCAGACUAUGAAAUCCUUACAGGCUCUGUAGAUGGGCGUAUCCGGCGCUAUGACCUACGUUCUGGGGAGCUGUGCUCGGAUUACAUUGGAAGUCCCAUCACCUGUGUGUGUUUCAGCAAAGAUGGGCAAUGUACGCUGGCUGCUAGCUUGGACUCAACACUGCGCUUGCUGGACAAAGAUUCAGGCGAGCUACUGGGAGAAUAUACAGGCCACAAGAAUGUAGCCUACAAGAUGGACUGCUGCCUGAGCGAGAGAGACACGCAUGUUGGGAGCUGCUCUGAGGAUGGAAAGGUGCAUUUCUGGGACCUGGUUGAGGGAUCCCUUGCUGCAAGCUUGCCUGUGAGCAACAGUGCAGUCCAGUCUUUGUCCUUCCACCCAGCAGAGGCUUGCCUGCUUACUGCUGCAGAAGGCCUUGUGCAGCUUUGGAGGGAGGAAUCUUAUGUGGCUGAGGAAGGGGCACCUGCCAUCACUCUGGGCUGAACAAAGAGUCACCGAUGCAGAGAGAUUGAACCGCCUAAUACACCUCCCUUCAGAUGCCCAGCACUGUGAACAGGGAGGGCUGUGGCAUCAGGCUGAGUCGGAGAACCAUAAUGUGGUCUUUGUCUUCAGCAGGAUCACAUGCCUGCUCAAGGGGCCUCUCCUUCUGGAAUAUCCCCGAGAGCUCUUUGUGAUGGCGCUUUGCAAUUCAACUCCAUAGAUUACAAACAUUAGUUCAAGCACAGCAUUUCUUCUUGUGACAAACAGGUGCUUCUUUAUGGUCUCUUUAGUUAAAUGGUCCCAGUCUGAAAAUGAAGCAAUCUCAGGAACAAUUGAUGCUGUCUAGGUGCUUUAUCAAGCUACUCCUUGGGCAUGAAGUAGGAAGAAGGUUUCCAGAGGAGCGUGUGGAACUGGUCAGAUCUGCUCUGCUGCAUUCAUCCAUCAUACUUACACCUUUGGCCUUGCACAACAGCUAAAAACGUGGUUUUGUCAACUUCACUGCAAGGAGUUCAGGGUCUCCUUAGGGGCACUGGACAAAACUGUCUUAAAUAGACACCAAACACCCUGGAUAAAGCUCAACAUCUCAUGGAGUCUUUAGCCUUUAAGAGUAGAUCAGCUGGCAUGCAGCUUGCUCUCUCUCUCUCUCUCUCUCUCUCUCUCUGUCUGUGAAACUCUUCCAUAGUCCAUUAAUACAGUGGUUUUAUAAAGCUGGAGCGUGGCUGGAUCACAAUAGAUGAAGGUGGUUUCACUUUCUGUUUGAAAGGGGUAGUGGAGUGCAGGUUCAGCUCUGAAAAUUGGAGGGGAACAGUGUGAAGAGAUGAAGCUGAUACCUAAAGUGCACACUCUACCCUUUGGAUUCAAGAGUUGCAAGCAGAGCUGUAUGUAUUUUGCAGAAAAAUCAAAACUCUCCUCUCAGGAAAAAAGAGAAAGACAACUUGCUUGAUUUGCAUCAAAGUAACAUCUGAGGCUUGGAGUGAAUACUUUCCAUCAUCCCCAGAGCCUCUUAUCAGCCACAGCUGCUUUUCGUUUUAAAGCUACGUUUGUAUUAACUGCACCUUAUUGUCAGCUGCCUUGGAUGCCAGUUGUUAAAGAUGGGAUGUAAAUAUUUUAUACAUACAGAUUUAUACAUGUUUCCUUAUAUUGCAUAACCAGUUCUACUUUUACUAGACCUUGGACAGAACAAAGAGCUAUUAUGUAGGAUACGAAAGCCUUGGUCCUGUCCACUGGGAGUGGUAUUUAGGCCCCCUUCUGGAUUUUGAGGUUUCACUGGGUAUUACCCACAUACUUUCAAGCUACCAUUGCAGCCUUAAGUAUUAGAAACUUGCUCAGGGGGGGGAAAUCAGAUCUGUCUGGCUCUUCUCAAGCUGCUGAAACUUUCACAGACUUUUAUCUCAGAAUAGAUUUGGGUCAACUUGGGUUCCUUCCUCUUGACUUAAAGGUGCCAUCAUUGCCUCUCUGCAUCCAGGAGUACAAUGACUUGGAUCAGGCUUCAGACUGGAUGGGAAGCUAAGACGUGGAGUCUUAAUGACUUAAGUCAGCUAGCUUUAGUGCUGCCUCACUCCCCAAUUCCAUCAAAGUAUUCCCAAAUUAAGGCAGGAAUAAGGAUGAUAUAGAACAGGGUGUUGGAGCCCAUGGGGUUCAAUUCCUACUCAUCAACGUUCAGUCUACGUUUGCAUUCCAACACCUUUCCAGAGCAUGAAGAUGAAAUACAUAUAGUCUCCUCUUCGUCUAGAGUUCCUGUGCAAAACAUCUUAUGCCCAUAUUCCCAUUUAAACCUAUCCUAGCUACUUAGCAUAUUAUCAGUCUCAAUCACUGCCUACCUAAAAAUGGUGGCUUGGAAGCUUGUGUGAGGAGUGAAGCAACACAUGAUAAUUCAUUCUAUGGUCAAGUCAUAGCAGCAUACAAUUGGCUCUUCUAGAAAGUCUUCACUGGGUCUCAUCUGAAAAUCCUUCACUGGCUGCAACUACUGCCCCAAAGAGUAAACUAAUUUGGAAUGGCUGGCAGCCUAGAAGAGAGUCAAAGUUAAAAGAUUGUUCCAAACCCUUCUCUAGAUCCAUCUCCCCAGUGAGUGCUGCAGUAGCCUCAUAGCAGCUUUCUGCAACCCACUGUAGUAUUACAUUCUUUCAGGCAACCCAUCCUGUCCAACAGGUUCCAGCUGCCCUGAAAAGUGAUUCCCUGUGUCAACAAUAUUGAAAACCUUCCCAUACCAAUUCCUCUAAUAAGUCAUCUGAGUGGAAAUUUGAGUUAAUUCAUCUUAAGCUCUUCUUAACUUUUGCCAGUCUUCUCUGUAGUACUGAUCUGUACUUUUCUUGGGGAAAGCUCCAAUACCUUUAUCCUUCAAGAGGACAUCUGAACAGGUAGGAGGAUCUAGAAGGCCCAGUAGAGGGCAAAGACACUGUCUUGGUAACUAAUGCUCACUAUUUCUUCAUCCUAGUGGUGCAGAACAGAGCAUUAAUGUGUAUCGCUGUCAGCUACAAUUUUUAUCCCUAGUCCCGUUUCCAUGUUUUAGAUACACACAAUUUAAUAACCAGGCUACUGCUGCAUUAAGGGUCUCUCCUUCCUUCACAACACACCUACUCACUUGUCUGCAGGACUAGCACACUUUCUGAGGACUGGACUCUGAAGAGAUCCACUGCAGUUCCUCCUUUCUUUCAGCACUCUACCUUUUGUCUUCUAGAAUUCUUCAUUCAUUAGCUGAGCGCUGACUUUUGACGGUGGGAGGAAACAUGCCUUAUGUUGCUCUGGCCAGACUACUCUACCAGUCCACUUUUCUCAGACCCUAUUGGUCCCUAACCACUAGCCAAAAAGGACUUUAACUAACCAAUAGUUUUAGAAUUCACUUCUGUCCAAAUCAGUUUGUCAAAUUAGCAUACCUGAAGAGAUUCACUCUCCUCAGCUAUUCUUAACAGUAAAUAAUCACCUCUCCCUCACCCACACCUCUACCCCCCCUCACACCCCCACACCCCAAGAGUUGCUGUGGCUAGGUCUCCCUCAGUCACUCUACGUUUCCCUCUGAGCUUAUCUCCUCUCACAUAGGACACAGAUAUCAACAUAUCAUUCCUCAUAAAGAUAACCUGUUACAUGGCAACAAAGUGAUUUCUCCACAACCACCAAAAAAUUUCGAGAGCUAGUUCUCUUUUUUAUAAUUCAUUGAAAGCAAACCAAAUUUCCUUUGCCUCUGUUUAUUAAUGAAAUAUCCCUCAUGGAGUUGUGUUUCUCAUCUACAUUUGCUUCUUUGACAGUUAGGUGGCACUGCUUCUCUCGGAUCUUGGCAUAAGCAGUCUUGGCUUUCAUGUCCAAUACAUCUCUUGAUUGUCCUCCUUUAAAAAAAUGCAUUGUUUAAUUGAAACUGAAUGUGUAUAUUUAAAUAAAGAAAGCCUUGUCCCAGCUA